AUGAAUGACAAUCCAUCAACAUCAAAUGUUUCACCAAUUAAGAGAAAUUCUAAUGGAAAAUUUGUUGGUAGCCGUCAAAAACAAAUAAUAAUCAACCUGUACAAAAACAAAAUCACCGAAAAUGCAGAACUGAAAAUUAAAGAGGCAGUGAAAUUAAUUUCGACAGAAAUUAAUUGGGAAAAAUACUGUUCAAAAGACUAUUUCGGACUACAAAAACGUCGGAGUAGUGAAAUCGCCAAAAAAAAAAAAUUUAGAUUGACGAUCAAGGAAAAAGCAGAUGAUUUCGAAAAGAAUGCGGUUCGCAGGAAAGUCCAUAACUUUUGGUUUAAAGGUGAAGUGCCGACACUGGACAAAAUUUUGAAGUCCGUGAAUGAUGAUGAAGAAAUCAGUACAACAUAUUCCCGGUCAAAUUUACAUCGUCUUUUAAAAGAACUGAGUUUCGUAUAUACCAAAAGAGGACGUAACAGUGCCAUGAUAGAGAGAGACGACAUAGUAAUUUGGAGAAACCGGUACCUGGAGACUAUUCGUAAGUACCGUAACGAAGGGCGGACCAUCUAUUAUACAGACGAGACCUGGGUGAAUGCGGGAGAGUGUACAUCCAAAACGUGGGUCGACCAAACUGUCAAAAAUAGCAGGGACGCAUUCCUUAAAGGACUCUCAACAGGUGCAAAAAAUCCAACAGGAAAAGGCAAGCGAUUGAUCAUUGUGCAUAUUGGAUCGGAGCAAGGUUUUGUUCAUGGCGGUUUAUUGUCAUUCGAGUAA